AUGGCAUCUGUGCUUAAGGAUCAGGGGUUACCAGAACCAGAAAUCGGAGUCAAUUACGCAUUUGCGGAAUACUGGAACGGAAAUGCUAUUGAGAAGAUGUGCAACGGGGGUGCUCAUGCUGUCAUUAUUGUGGGCCAGUUUCGGUCUGGUCCUUACAGUAAAGACUUCCAGGGAUAUGCAUUCGACCUUGAUACUGCGCUUGAUGCAACGUUCAAGAAGGGCGUACGAGCUAACUACCGAGCACGGGUGUGGGAGCCGUUUACGUCUAUGCAUAAACAAGCCAAGAUUAAUGCACUAGGGCGAGUUCGGCAGGAUAUGAGCAUUGAAAAGCUUAGUGAGCUUGUCAUAGACAAAAGUACAAUCUACUUUGAACGGUACCCUGAGUAUGAUUUACUGGUGAACAACUGUGGACAGUAUGUAAACUACAUCAUGGGGGUUAUUGGGACGGAAUUCCACGCCUAUGGGGACCUGCCCGGAGAAAAGAAAAGGAAUAAGAGAAGAGACGGUCGUGCCGUAGAGUCUGUAGCCUACCUAACCAAUAUGAGGCGCGGUUCGGACCCCGACCCGCGCUACAAUAGGCUUAGCGUUAGGGUUACGUGUCCCGAUUAA